AUGGGUGCUCAUCAGAAACCAGAGACAAUUGACUUCGAAGAUUAUCCUGGAUUAACAGAUACCGUCCGUUUUCAACUACCGAAAUUUAGCGGGACACCGGAAGGGAGACAUUCACCGUCAUCAUUCGUGACAGAUUCCGGAAUUUCUGACGAAGACUACACAUCUGACACCCCAAGCUCAGUGGACGAGAAUCCGCGUAAGUCGACAAAGGGUUACGAGCAAGAAGGUUCGGGCUGGAUGAGGAACGGGUGA